CUUCAACGAAACGGUCAAAGAUAAUUUUUGUGUCCUUUAUUUUGAGAAGACCAAUAUUGUUUCUCAUUGAUCCAUGGUUUCCAAAUGUCAAUGUGGAUGAAUCAGUGAUGUUGCUUAAAUGUUGAAUCGUCAUGGACGAAACAUUCAACUUUGGAUUUGGCCAAAAUACAGACACCGACACCAAACAAAUCUCUAUACACUGAUGUCAUUCUUGCCGUUGAAUCAGUAGUAUGCUCUUUCCUCAACUUGACCAUGGAAGUGAACCAAAGUGAUAGUUUCUUCUAUGCAAAACGAAAUUUAGGAGUAAUUCGCCAUGACGUGGUACCAUCUGCACUGACAUUUAACCCAAUUCUUCAUCUGAACCGUUCUUCUACCUAUCAGGCUACCACUAUCCUUUGGCUUUGUCUGAUCGAGUCAGUAGUUUGCAACUCCAAUAUAAAGGCCACUGUUCCGCAUUGGGUUGGUUGAGACGUCACUGUCGUUAAAUUCGUCAAAGCACUGCAUAACCUUUACUUAUCUCUCUAUAUUUACUAAGCAUUACAUCAAAGCUAGUCCGAACACGACGACGAAGUGCAAGAACGGAAGGUCAAGUCAGUGGCAAAGCCGCGACGUCGCCGGGCGGUGAUGGCACUGGCGUGAUCUAUGGAGGGCAGGAAGGCCAAGGUCCUCGCCGGCGCGGCGGCCGUCGUGCUUGUGGCUCUCGAGUUCACCUUGUUCCUCUGCUUCCGCUUGUCGAGGCCGUUCUACCUCUCGACGGCGGUCAUCCUGUCGUCCGCGCUGGCGGGCACCGUCACGGUGCUGCUGCACCACGCGCUAAGCCCCCAUGGACGGGCCGAGCGCAUGGCGCGGCGCCCGGUGCUGGACGGCGGCGAGGAGGUGUCGGCGGUGCGCGUGGAGUACAGCUACUUCCGCAAGGUCGCCGGGCUGCCCAGCAGGUUCUCGCUGGAGGCGCUGUCGGCGGCGACGGACGGCUUCCAGUACGUGGUGGGGCGGGGCUCGUCGGGGACGGUGUUCAAGGGCAUCCUCGACGACGGCACGUCCGUGGCGGUGAAGCGGAUCGACGGGUCGGCGCACGUGGACAAGGAGUUCAGGUCGGAGGUGUCGGCCAUCGGCAGCGUGCAGCACGUGAGCCUGGUCCGUCUCCUCGGCUUCUGCCUCGUCCGCAACGGCCCGCGGUUCCUCGUGUACGAGUACAUGGAGAACGGGUCCCUGGACAAGUGGAUCUUCCCGCAGCACGGCGCCGCCGGGCGGUGCCUGACGUGGGUGCAGCGGUACCAGGUGGCCGUGGACGUGGCGAAGGCGCUGGCGUACCUGCACCACGACUGCCGCGCCAAGGUGGUCCACCUGGACGUGAAGCCGGAGAACAUCCUCCUCGACGACCGCCUCCGCGGGAUGGUGUCGGACUUCGGGCUGUCCACGCUGAUGGGGAAGGAGCAGAGCCGGGUGGUGACCACGGUGCGCGGCACGACGGGGUACCUGGCCCCGGAGUGGCUCCUAGGCGCCGGCGUCACGGAGAAGUCGGACGUGUACAGCUACGGGAUGGUGCUGAUGGAGAUCCUCGGCGGGCGGCGGAACCUGCAGCUGCAGGCCGAGCCUGGCCCCAGCGGCGGGUCCCGCCGGUGGUCCUACUUCCCGAAGCUGGUCGCCGACAUGGCGCGGGAAGGGCGCGUGGUCGAGGUGCUCGACCGGCGGCUCGUCUCGUCCGCGGUGGACGAGGCCAGCGUGAGGCGGCUCGCGCACGUCGCGCUGUGGUGCGCGCAGGAGAAGCCCGGGGCGCGCCCCACCAUGGCGCGCGUCGUGGAGAUGCUCGAGGCCAGGGGUGGCGGCGCCGCCGCGAGCGUGGACCCGCCGCCGCCGUCGGACAUGGUCCUGGUGGACCUGUUCGCGCUCGACCCAGGCGCCGGCCCGUUCGGGCUGCCCGCGCUGCCACCGGGACCGGGCUCUGCGGGGACCGCCGCGUCGUCGGCGAUGAGCAUGGGCGAAUCGUUCGCGCUCUCCUACCUGUCCGGGCGGUAGCGCACGCCGCGGCAAUUCCGUAGCGAUCGAUCAGCCAUUCAAGAGUUCAAGACUCCCGACUCCACCAGGAUGUGUGCAAGAUGCUGCGACUGGACUACCCGAGACCGAGAGUGGAGUGGCAGUGGCUGUGUGCUGACUUGGUGAGUGGUUUCAGACUUUUCAGGCUUGUUUGGCACACAUCAACUUUACUGGGCCUGUUUAGAUUGGAGAUGAAAAUUUUUUGGGUAUCACAUCGGAUAUGUCGGAAGGAUGUCGGGAGGAGUUUUU